GAUUGUGCAAUCCUUUAUCGGUGAUAUCGCUGAGUGGUCUGUGACUGAAACACCCAGAACACGCCACCCCCAAAACAUUCCCAUUAAUCGUUAUGUCUGCCUCACACACCGACGACCGUACACCGACGUUGUUCCGUGACGACUAUAAUGACAAGUUCUCGCCAAUCGCUUACUUGACUUACUACUGGAGCAACGACCGCGUUCAACAAGACUGGUUUCAGUUUCAGCUCGACGGCGGCUACAACUACCUCAGACACGAGGCUAUCUCGGGGACGAGGUUGCUUGAUCUUGGGUGUGGUCCUAACCUCGGCAGCAUGAUUGGCGCCCCCGACCACUUCACCCACAUCGUCAUGGCGGACUUCUCGCCAGCCAAUCUUGAAGUCAUCAAGGGAUGGGUACGUGGUGAUGACGUCAACUUCAGCUGGAGCCACGUGUGCCAGUACUACGUCAAACAAUUCGCACUAGAUCCAGCCUUCGAAUCCACUCGACUGCCUUCGCUGAAAACCUACAUCAAGGACGUCGUUCAGUGUGAUGUGUUACAGUCGGAACCUCUCGGGUCUUCUUAUACGGGUUUUUUCGACUGUGUAUUCAGCAGCUAUUGUCUCGAAACAGCAUCUCGGGACAUUGACACCUACAGACGAAGUGUGCUGAAUGUCUCAUCUCUUCUCCGGGAUGGCGGCCAUUUUGUGAUGCGGGGUGCCUGUGGAGAACACUGCUACCCAGUUGAUGGGCAAAACUUCCAUAGCCUUGCCUUGAGCCCAGGUCAGUUGACGACGGCCUUGACAGAUGCGGGGUUAAAGGUCAAGGAACUCAAGAUAGAAGGGGUAGACGACCCUGAUGCAGCUGACGCCAAUAAAAUACAUGGCUAUUGUGUCCUGGCUAAGAAAGUGGGCUCAUAAACCAUUCAGCAUAACAAACACAAUAGAUAUAUCAAUAUAAUGAGAUUUAUUGUCUCAGCUGGGCAUGGCAUCAAGGUACCUGAUGAUGUCUCGGCGUAAUAAAGACAGCAACUGAAUAUGAUGGGAACUCGUGAAACAAAGAGUUUUCUAGACCGAUCCUUUUCCAUUCAUGUUUAAUAAAACAACAAGUAGUU